UCCAAACUUGGCUUCAACGUCGACCAGUCCAAGGAGAUAUAGAUUUCGUCCUCGUCGUGGACCAUCCCUACUGCCCUCGAUUCUGCCUGCCUGGCGCAUUCGAUUGUCGUGUUGUUUUUGUCAUUGUUGUUGUCGAUGAAACUUUGCGGUAGUCUUCUAAAACGUGAGAGCGGACUUGUAAAAUUCAACAGAAUCGAAAAGAUGGCACAUAUUACCAAGAGGAAAGUAUUGCUCGGUUGCACUGGUAGUGUAGCUACCAUCAAGCUGCCAGAGCUGGUGCAGAAGUUGCUAGACAAGGAUAUGGAAGUACGGGUGGUUGUAACAGAGCGAGCAAAGCACUUUAUAAAGGAUGUGGACUUGCCGUCGGGUGUCCAAGUGCUAUCUGACACAGUGGAAUGGGCAGCUUGGCAGGGCCGAGGCGAUCCGGUGAUUCAUAUAGACCUGAUGAAAUGGGCAGACAUCUUUGUGAUAGCACCACUGGAUGCCAACACCAUGGCAAAGAUAGCCAAUGGCAUAUGUGACAACCUGCUCACCUGUGUGGCGCGUGCUUGGACCAAUAUGAAACCAGCAAUCUUCUGCCCAGCCAUGAACUUUAACAUGUGGCAACAUCCAACUACUGCGCCUCAGGUGGAACUGCUCAGAUCCUGGGGUUACAAAGAAGUGUCCUGCAUAAAAAAACUACUUAUGUGCGGCGACGAAGGAAUGGGCGCGAUGGCCGAGGUAGAUACGAUCGUCCAGACCACCGUACGUAUGUUGGAACCUCGAGAUCCGUAUAUGACUGUGUAUUCAGUACCUUAAACAGCUGUCAACGAUACCAACAUCAAUGAGGCCGUGCUGUCAAGCACGAUCUUUAUGAAAACGUCGUGCUUCGUUCAAGUACACACAGACUUCACUUGUUGGAGCCGUAUACGAGAUACCAAAGCGAAGGCAAUAGUGAAGAGUAUUUCGAUUGAAUUGUUGAGCAUAUCCUCAGUUACAAAGAAUUUUCAACGUUACGCUAAUAAUAAUAAUAAUAAUGAUAAUAUGUCUCGAAAGUAGUACCUACGUCAGUGCUUGGAAUUAUUUUCACUUUUCAGACGAUUUUCGGGAAUUUUCUCUCGCUUCCCCUUGUCUCUUACUGCACUAUCGUACUAUGGCCCGCUAGCGGCCAUAGAUCUAACAGUCGCGCUUCCCGCCUCAGGGCAGAUUGUCAUCGACAUCAUAAUACAUAAUAAAAAACGCUUACCAAUAUCUGUGAAAUUAUCUGUAAUUACAGUUAUUGGUAAGCGCCUAUGAUGUCAACCUAUGAUGCGGACCUCAGGCGAGGAGCGCGACUGUCAGACCUAUGGCCAGUGAGCGUGGAGCGUGCAUAUAUAUAACAAUAUGUGGUUAUUCCACAAGAUUGCAAUAAGAAAAUUCCCGGAAGAAAGAAAGAAACGUUAGAAAGAGAAAGAUUCUCCGAAGGAGUUACAAUUUACGAUAUCUCUAUUUAUUUGAGAUAAAUAAAUGUGAAAUACUCUUUGUUGGUGCCAUUGAAGGAAUCUGUAAUUAUUUAUGAAAUGUACCAAUAACUGAGGAAAGCAGGAGGGAAAAUGUUAAUUCGAUAAAUUUCUUAAACGAUAAAUUUCUCCCAGAUACUAUAAUGUUUCUCAAACAAAUGCGUCGCUCCAAAUUAAAGGAUCUGUUGAAUUAUAUUACGGCAAGUAAAAUGAUUGUAUAAUGAUUAUUAUUAAUUACUAUUCUAACGGUGUUCUGCUUGGAAACGGUGAAGUCCGUGUACAUGAUACGAGUAACAGAGUUAUAUACGUUCGAAGAUAUGGUCCUCGUACGCUUUGCCUGAAUCAAUCAUCACAUACCGGAGGAACAAAUGAGAUAAUCCAAAUCAUAAAUUUUGCUUGUCUAUCAAUUGCGUCGAGAUACAUUGUAAAGGAAUAAUGUUGUAAAAAAGAAAAAAAGAUUCUGUUAACAUAUCCUAAAGCUGAUGCGCCUGAAUGUACAUGCUUUUGUUAAAUAUAUGAAUGAUAUAUCACAGAUGAUGAAAAGAAUAUAAAUUUAUAUGGAAUAUUCCUAUAGAGAGAG